AUGACAAAUGUGAGUGCAGUUAACGACAACAGGUCUUUGUCGCUCAAUCAAUCCCUUGAGAACAUCGAACUGCGUGACAUAAACAUAAGAGUUCUAAAGGAAACGCAUCAGCAAACGUGGAAUAUUACAAAAGAGAAGGUGGCUAUCAUUGUGCCAUAUAGGAAUCGAGGCAAACACUUGUUCACUUUUCUUUCUCGCAUGCUUCCCUUCCUCAGUAAACAAGAUGGGCAAUAUGUUAUAAUCAUUACAGAACAGGCUGGUAAUGAACCAUUCAAUCGCGCCAAAUUAUUCAAUGUGGCAGUCAAGGAGAUACGGCAAAGCCUUUUUGGUGACCGUUUGUAUGGAAUAAAUUGCUUCAUUUUCCAUGAUGUCGACAAGGUGCCAAGUUUGCCCUCUACUACUUACAAAUGUGGAGGGAAUGUCAGACAGUUGGUAACUGCAUUUCGCCAGGAGACUGGAAUUAGGUGGCUAUACAACACAUUUUUGGGAGGUGUUACAGCAUUCACAUGGGACCACGUAGCGAAAAUUAAUGGCGCUUCAAAUAUCUACUUCGGUUGGGGAGGUGAAGAUGAUGACCUGUAUAUUCGGCUGAAAUUGAAUAAUAUUACAGUGGAUCGACCUGCGGAGCGCGAAGGAAUUUUUGAUGAAUUCGAUCCAAAUCAUCCGCGUGAAUACAACCCUGAAAGAUUCGCACUUUGUUCUCCAAAGAAUGUAACUGCCCGGUGGCGAAACGAUGGAAUUCAGCAAACACGCUAUCGCCUUCUCAACAGAAUUGACUACGAUCUUUUCGUCUGGCUUUUUGUGUCCGUUUAA